CGGGUUCUCCGGAAGGAGACGUGGCGGUGGUUGGUCCCCGAGCGGCCUGGGCGUCUAGUAGUCCCGCCGCCGCCGCCUCCUCCUCCUCCUCCUCCUCUCCUCUGUGGACAGAGGAGGCUGUGGCGGCGGCUGGAGUGCUCGGCGGCGGAGGAUGGAGGAAGGAGGCGGUGGCGCGCGGAGUCUGGUCCCGGGCGGGCCAGUGUUACUGGUCCUCUGCGGUCUCUUAGAGGCGUCCGGCGGCGGCCGAGCGCUCCCCCAGCUCAGCGAUGACAUCCCUUUCCGAGUCAGCUGGCCCGGCACCGAGUUCUCUCUGCCUACAACUGGAGUUUUAUAUAAAGAAGAUAAUUAUGUCAUCAUGACAACUACACAUAAAGAAAAAUAUAAAUGUAUUCUUCCCCUUGUGACAAGUGGGGAUGAGGAAGAAGAAAAGGAUUAUAAAGGCCCUAAUCCAAGAGAGCUAUUGGAGCCACUAUUUAAACAAAGCAGUUGUUCCUACAGAAUUGAGUCUUAUUGGACUUACGAAGUGUGUCACGGAAAACACAUUCGUCAGUACCAUGAAGAGAAAGAAAGUGGUCAGAAAGUAAAUAUUCACGAGUACUAUCUUGGAAAUAUGUUGGCUAAGAACCUUCUAUCUGAAAAAGAACAAGAGGCAGAAGAAAAGGAAAAAUCAAAAGAGAUUCCCACUAAAAAUAUCGAAGGUCAGAUGACACCCUACUAUCCGGUGGGAAUGGGAAAUGGUACACCUUGUAGUUUGAAACAGAACCGGCCCAGAUCAAGUACUGUGAUGUACAUAUGUCAUCCUGAAUCUAAGCAUGAAAUUCUUUCAGUAGCUGAAGUUACAACUUGUGAAUAUGAAGUUGUCAUUUUGACACCACUCUUGUGCAGUCAUCCCAAAUAUAGAUUCAGAGCCUCUCCUGUGAAUGACAUAUUUUGCCAAUCACUGCCAGGAUCACCAUUUAAACCUCUAACCCUGAGACAGUUGGAACAGCAGGAAGAAAUACUAAGAGUCCCUUUUAGGAGAAAUAAAGAGGAAGAUCUGCAGUCAACUAAAGAAGAAAGAUUUCCAGCAAUCCACAAACCCAUUGCUGUUGGUUCUCAGCCAUUGCUUACUGUUGGAACAACCCACAUAUCCAAACUGACAGAUGACCAACUCAUAAAGGAGUUCCUUAGCGGUUCUUACUGUUUUCACGGGGGUGUUGGUUGGUGGAAAUAUGAAUUCUGCUAUGGCAAACAUGUACAUCAAUACCAUGAGGAUAAGGAUAGUGGGAAAACCUCUGUGGUUGUGGGGACAUGGAGCCAAGAAGAGCAUAUUGAAUGGGCUAAGAAGAAUACUGCUAGAGCCUAUCACCUUCAAGACGAUGGUACCCAGACAGUCAGGAUGGUGUCACAUUUUUAUGGUAAUGGAGAUAUUUGUGAUAUAACUGACAAGCCAAGACAGGUGACUGUAAAACUAAAGUGUAAAGAAUCAGAUUCCCCUCAUGCUGUUACUGUAUAUAUGCUAGAGCCUCACUCCUGUCAGUAUAUCCUUGGGGUUGAAUCACCAGUAAUCUGUAAAAUCUUAGAUACAGCAGAUGAAAAUGGACUUCUUUCUCUCCCCAACUAAAGGACAAUAAAGUUCAAGGAAAGAAAAGAUCAUUGAAAAGUCAUGAUGGUUUCUGUCUGACCAUGUGUCUCGUUAUAGAGUUCUCUGCCACUGGAUCUCAUUUAAAGUAUCAUAUAAAAAGACUUUCAACCACUUUGUGAAUAUAUAUGUGUAUAUAAGAGGUUAUUGAUAAACUUCUAAGGCAGAUGGUUGUCUCACUUUUUAUUUUUAUUGUAUCUUAUGAACUGAUUGUGUUUUCUUUGCUUGGAUAAUGUGAUUCCAAAAUAAAUCUCAUCCAAUCUCG